GGAUUCAUGUUUUCUGCUCCAAUUGGAAAUGGUUAGUUUGGAUGACAAACUUGCAAAGCCGCUUAAGUAACCUGGACCAUGAAACUCAAAACCAAAAGUAAUUACAUCUAUUACCUCAGUUUAAAAAUUCAACAGUGUAAGCUGCAACAUGUUUGGAUUCCCCAAACUAGCUUUGGUGGUAAGACUGACCAAAGCUAACAAUUAGGCUUUUUCAGGACAACUGUGUGGAUAGAUUUAACUAGAACCUGUCCUGGUCCUGAUUCAUAUGAAUCAGGUCAAUGAGAGCGCCAACUUUUAUCGAGUUCGAGCGAGCUAAUUUGAAUUAGACUUGGCUCAAACUGGACCUGGACCUGGACCUGACAUGGCCCGUACAAACUGUCCCACUUGAAUUCCUUUCUUGUCAGCAUAAACCAAUCCAUUUGGACAAAAAUGAUGGCCAACACCACUCUAAAACAUAAUCCAUAGAACCAAAUAAAUCAAACAGGUCAAGCCAGAUUCUUUCUAGGUUGGAGCAAUCCACGCAAUUGAGUCAGAAGUUGGGACUCCAAGAUGCAUAACCCGACGACUCUUAGCUAUCAAAUCGCGAUACGAGAAAUCGCCCAGGCGUUGGAGACCGAGAAGGUUUGGAGUCCGCGAGCGGAGAGCCCAAAAACACCCCAAAAUUUCCGAAGCCGUGCCGUCUGGGGCGUUAGGAGGAGUUCAUAAGAAACGGAAAUAUUUACCAGUUACGAUCACCGUGGUGAUUCUAAGAAGCAGCUACCAUUCUUCUAAGGCUCUCCAAAGAGAGAAGAAACAAGUGGCAAGUUGAGAGAGGAAAGAGAGAGGGAGAUCGAGGGCGGUUCCUCUACCACACUUCCUUAAAAACCUCCACAAGUGUCCGAAUUCCAAGCCUUAAAAAUAGGAUUCAGCCCCAUUCGUGCGCCCUCAGUUACUGUCGCGUGCUCUCUGACUUUAAGACUUGGAAGAACGCAGAGUGCAAGGGUAUGGCCCAACAGCUGAACAGCUGACAACAGACCUCUUCUUCUUCCCUACUCUUUUAAGCCUUUGAGCUCCAACAUGUCUUGCCUUUUCUGAGGAUCUGAGAGCUGAACUCUUGUUUCCAUUUCCACCUCCAUUGUCUUCACUGUUUCUGUAGUUCUUUUAUAAAUACAACAUUCCUGUCUUCCAACUCUUCUUCUUUUGUUUGUACUUUCUUCAUCAAGCAUUUGAGUGCUACUGAAAAGCAAGCUUUAAAAUCCUACUUGGAGCCUUGACAUGAGUUCUUGAGGAAUUUCAGGAACUAAAGAUAGUUUGGAAGAGCUCAACGGUUGAAUGAAUUCUGCCUGCAGCUGGCUGGAAGAAAGAUUCUAGAUAGCUGAUACUGGUGUUGAGCAUUUUCAGUUUUUGCAAGAAAUGGAGUCAACGAGCGCAAAGGCUAGUCCUAUGACUCGGAGUCCAUUCUCGAGUCCAAAUACAGGAGCCUUGCUAAAGGAAAGAAUACUUGCAUGGAGCGAACAGAAAGGCUUACCCACUUCUGUUUGUGUCCGGAUUGACGAUAAAAGCUUUGAAUUGCACAAGUCCCCUCUGAUUUCUAAGUGCGGAUACUUCAAGAAGGUGCUGUGGGAGUCAUCUGAUGUAGAACUGCCAGCAAACUUUCCUGGAGGAUCGGAGACCUUCGAGAUGGUUUCUCUGUUCAGCUAUGACUCCCCACUCCCCUUGGACCCUUUCAAUGUCUCGGCUCUCCGAUGUGCUGCAGACUUUCUCGAGAUGACAGAGGAGUAUGCCUCUGGAAACCUCUGUGAAAGAUCAGACCUGUAUUUAAACCAAGUUGUUCUGCAGAGCUGGGAUGAUACACUGAUAGUUCUUCAGAAAUGCCGAACACUGCUUCCACGGUCUGAAGAGCUUUUGAUAGUAAGCCGAUGCAUCGAGUCUCUGGCUUUCAUGGCCUGCAUGGAGAUUCUUGAUCCUGAGCAAAGAAGAGAUCCACAUGUUGCGAAUCUCCAGGCAUUGACUGGUCAUGCUUGGAAUUGUGAGGCGGUGAAGGAAAUCGCUGGUCAAGACCUCUGGGUGAAGGAUCUCAUAGCACUUCCCUUUGAAUUCUUCAAGAGGAUUAUUGGGUCCUUGAGAAGACAAGGAAUGAAGGAGAAGUAUGUGAGCCCCUUGGUUGUGUUCUAUGCCAAUAAAUGGGUGCUUUCAAAGAAGACCCACAAGUUUUGGGAGAACAUAGCUGAGCAUAAUGGAGCUGACAGUGUCAACAAGAAAGUUUCAGCGAUCUUUCAAGGCAUACUUGAUCUGCUUCCGAUGGGAGAGAAGGCUAGUAGAGUUGUACCUGUUGCAUUUUACUUUGUGUUGCUUUCUAGAUCUCUGACUCUCAGUUUAGGCGAUGACAGCAGGACAAAGUUAGAGCAUCAAGUUGCCUCUCUUCUACACUCUGCGCAGAUUGAGGAUUUCCUCCUUCCUGAAAGCAGUGAGGAGCCCAUUGCAUCUGCUGCUGAGUUGAAGAUGAUGGAAAGAAUUGUUUCGAUCCAUGUUUCGUCCAAAAAUGAGACAGGCUAUAGUGGAUGCACUCCUUUGAGUAGUAGCUCUGUUGUUGGAGAGCUAUGGGAUCGCUAUCUUUCACAUAUUGCCGUUGACCCAAAGCUUAAGCCUUGUAGAUUCAUGGAACUCAUUGAAGCAGUACCAAUGAAUGAUAGAGAGACACAUGACCAUCUAUACCAAGCAAUGAAUAUCUUCUUAAUGAAACACCCCCAAUUAUCUAGUGAAGACAAGGCAGCAGUCUGCAAGUACCUCAACUGUCAGAAGUUAUCUCAGGAGACAUGCAUCCAAGCAGUUCAGAAUGAUUUAAUGCCAUUGCGGUUGAUAGUCCAAGCACUUUUUGUUCAGCAGUUGCACACACACCAAGCCUUCAGAGACUGUUCAGAUUCCUUCAGAUACGUGCACUGUGGGGAAUUCUCUGGUAGUCUUCCAAGCUCUAGAUGCCAGCUUCCUAAAAGCCAGAAUCUAGCAGAAAGUCCAUAUCAACAAGGAACAAGCAAGGGAGAAACUGUGGGGACCCCUCUGGGAUCCCUACUGCAUAAAGAUCUUUCUGUUGAGGAAGCAGAAAUUACAAAAGCUGACUAUGAAUCUACGAGCUUUAGGAUUCAGGCCCUUGAGCAGGAGUUGAUGUCAUUGAAGCAAAGCCUUCAGUGUAAGAACAUGUUGAAGGGACCAGCCCGUAGGGAACCAAAAGAACACAGUUUUGGGUUGACUGGCUUGGAGAGGAAGACUGUGGUUAAGAGAAGGAACCCACUUAGCCAGGUUAGCACCUGCAUUGGUUCAAUGAGCUGGACUUCCCAAAGGAAAUAUGCCAACAGACUACUCAAAAUCUUCAGGAGAAUAGCCUUGCUAGGAAGACGCCAAUCAAAGAUUAAACAAGCUGCUUCUGGUCUUUCAAAUGGUUCUCUUGCUUGUAGAAGCAAAUCAUUGCAUGAAAUGUAUGACUGCUAGACCACAAAACAUGAAUCACUUGGUGCAUAUUACAAAGUUAACAUUUUGUCCUAAA